AAACUGCAAAAUGGUUUUUAAUGACACCUCGUAUUAUGUAGCAUAUUCUUAUCAGCAUGUACGGUACUCAAUAACUCAACUGUGGUACUUGUUCCUGUUCUAGUCUGCUAUUACUGUAUUAAAGUGAUUUAUCUAAGACUUGUCAAUGGCUCGCAGUAAUCUAAGUUGUGGGAUUACUUUGGAUCAGAUAGAUGCCUAUUUUUCUAUUGGUAAACCCGUCCCAAAGAGUCAAACUGUCCCCGGCUUGGAAUUUCAAGGAAGGCCAUUCGACCCUGAUACCAAACAACCAAUGAGAAUCAAAGAAGAGUAUACAUACUUAUCUCGUUUCAACAGGAACAGAAAUCAGCCUAUGGUGAGCAGUGGUCCAGAUUCUGUAACAUCAUCAUUAUAUGAUGGGACUGAUACUUGCCAAUCUUAUUCAACACUUACUGGGGGAGAUAUGCAACAGCUGGAACUUGAUACCCUUCCUGAUCUUGCGUGUCUUUCCAUCAAUACGGCAGAUCAACAUUCUGCGGAUGUUUCAUACCUGGAGGUUUACAAUCACUACAAUUUCAAACACCGAUAUGAUGAAUCUCUGCCUGUUUUGCAACAUAAGCAAGAUAUUCUUGACACAAUACAAAACAACAGAGUGACGAUUAUACAGGGAGAAACUGGAAGUGGAAAAACUACUCAAGUUCCUCAGUUUAUUUUGGAUCAGCAUCAGCAGAAACACAUGUACUGCAAUAUAGUUGUGACUCAACCAAGAAAAAUUGCUGCCAUGAGCAUUGCAAGAAGGGUUUGUCAUGAAAGAAAUUGGCAGGUUGGUCAGUUGGUUGGUUAUCAAGUUGGAUUAGACAAAGUAACUUCUGAAGAUACCAGAAUUACAUACAUGACAGUCGGUGUGUUACUGCGACAUAUUGUUAAACAAAAACAUAUGAAGAAUUAUACACACAUCAUUUUAGAUGAGGUUCAUGAACGUGACCAAGAGACAGAUUUUGCAUUGCUUGUUGUGAGGAGGUUGUUGCAUCUCAACUCACAAUCUGUUAAGGUUGUUCUCAUGUCUGCAACAUUUGAUACAGAACAGUUUGCUAAAUAUUUUCUUCAGCCUGUUUUUGACAAGCCUGAGAUGGCGCCGGUCAUUACUAUCGAGGGUCGUACUUAUGAGGUUACUGAACAUUUUCUUGAAGAACUUGAGACACUGGGACCACUUCCUCCACUAGAUGCAACAGAUCCUGAUAUUUCUGAUGAAGCAUUCACCCUUACAGCAAAAUUAAUCAAACAUUUUGAUGCAUUAGAAGCCAAGGAAGUCAGGACUUUACUGCAGUUCGCAAAUGCCUCAUCUACUCCUCCACCUGUGGUUUAUCGCGGAACUGUCUUGGUAUUCUUACCUGGUAUUUUUCACAUUCGCGAACUCGAGCAAUUAUUGGAAUAUACUAGAGUUGAAAACAAAUUAACGAUUGUUCCACUACAUUCAAGUAUCACACUCGAAGAGCAAUCUCAAGUAUUUGCACCACCUAAACCUGGAAUGAGAAAGGUUAUUCUCUCAACCAACAUUGCUGAAAGCUCCAUCACUGUUCCAGACAUCAAAUAUGUUAUUGAUUUCUGCCUCACUAAAAGUUUAAUUUGUGAUUUGGAUACAAAUUAUCAGAGUCUGCGGCUGCAAUGGGCUUCCAAGACCAAUGCUAUUCAGAGGAAAGGUCGCGCUGGUCGUAUCUCGAAUGGACAAGUUUAUAGACUCGUUAGUGAAGACUUCUGGAAUAACCACAUGAGCGAAUAUGGAAUACCAGAAAUGCAAAGAUGCCCGCUUGAACAUGUUAUUUUACAAGUGAAGCUUCUCGAUCUUGGAGAACCAAAAGCAAUUCUAUCUCUAGCAAUGUCGCCACCUAGACUUGAAAACAUUGAGAGGACAAUCCUGCUGUUAAAAGAGGUUGGUGCAUUGUCAACUGUUGGAAACGCUUGCAGACAAAGACAUGAUGGAGAUCUAACUUUUGUUGGCAGAGUGUUGGCUGCUUUACCGCUUGAUAUGAGAUUGGGGAAAUUGUUACUUCUUGGUCUUGUAUUUGGUUGUUUGCAAGAUUGUGUUAUUAUUGCUGCUUCAUUAUCUCGUGGUUCGUUUCUUGCAACACCAUAUCGUGAGAAUCUUGAUGCUUAUCGUCAUCGUUUACGUUGGGCAAGUGGAUCAUUCAGUGAUUGCAUUGCUUAUUUGAAAGCAUACAGAGCUUGGGAUCAUGCUGUCAAUACUCAGAUGUUUCGUAGAAGAAGAGAUGAAUAUGUUUGGUGCAAGAAGAACUUUAUACAAGUUCGACGUAUUCACGAGGUCAACAUGCUUGUCAAGGAAUUGACUGAUCGUUUACGUGCUUUCAACAUUUUAUCAUAUGAUAGAAAUUACUGGAGGGACAGUUAUGAAGAUUGUGAACUUAUUCUGAAAGUUGCGAUGGCUGGAGCAUUCUAUCCCAACUAUUUUUAUAGUACAAGUACUGAUGAGAAACCAGCUCUGAAAGAUAUUUGUGAACUUGAUCCGCACAGAACUGUCAUGAUGACUGGACUUCCCGCAAACAAGGGACCAUUGUAUUCUGAAUCGCUUCAGUUCGCUUUAAAAGACUGUGGUAAACAAAAAGCAAUUUAUUUUGAUGGAUCAAAAGCGUUUAUAGAAUUCUGCAAUGAAGAAGAUGAUGACAUACAUACUGGAAAUGUUCUGCCUUCUGUAUAUGUCGCCUGCAAGAUGAGAGAUGCAAGGCGUAAGAUACAUGUAGUCCAAAGUCAUUCAGAUACUUCAAAAUCAUGGAAAUUACUCAAAACACCUUUUCUCUACGACCCUAUCAACAUGCCUGACUUUAAAUAUGAAACUCCGAAACCUGGUGGAAGUACUUGGAUAACCAUUCAAGUCACGUAUGUUGUAGCUGUAAAUCAUUUUUGGGGAUGUAAAGCAAGCGACCCUCAUUUCUCACUCCAACAAAAGCUCUUCAAAGAACUUCAAGAAUCUGCAAAAACAGCUGAGCGAUUCAGUACAGCUAUAGAACCAGGAAUGCUUGUGCUGGCACCAUAUAGUGAUGGAACUGGCACCUGGCAUUACAGAAGCCUUGUUCAACAUCGUGUUGGUACAAAAGUUCGAGUGUUCUUCGUUGAUUAUGGUAAUUCUGGUUCAAAUAUUGAUGUCAGCAGAUUGAAGAGAAUUUCUCACAACUUGGCUGAAAUUCCUUUUCAGGCAAUUGAAUUCCAACUGAAAAAUAUUCGUGUUCUUGCAAGUGUUGCUCAACAAAAAGGAAAGAAGUAUUUGGAUAAUUUAUUGAUGAAAUCUGAGAACAGAUGUAAUGUAAAGGUUUAUUCCGUCGUCUCAAAUAGAACUAGAGUUGAUUUAUUUACUUAUGAUGAUAUGCAUGUAAAUGGUCAUCUCGUUGAAAAAGAACUUGCAGAAAAAUGUGAAGAGAACAGACUUUCCGAGAGAAGUCAUGGAGAGUGGGAAUUAGCAGAAUAUAACAAAGUACAGUCAGAAGAACAAUACAGAGCAAUAUCAACUGCUGAUUGGCAUCUUGUACCUGGGGAAGCGAGAGGGGAAUUGAUACCUCAUUCCAAGAGACGAAAUGCUGUUGCUCUACAUGGACCGAAAAACCCUUUUGAAAUAGGUUUUUACAGUAUGAUAAAUAUUGGGCAACUUCGCAAUGUUCGGAUUGAAAGAGACAGUGUUAAUUCGAUUGUGAUAAACCAAGAUCCCAAUGAUGAUCAUAGGGAUCUGAUGGUUUCCGCUUGUGUUGGUAUUAAUGAAUCAGGAAGCACGAUGCUUGCAAGGAGCACGACUUAUUUGCCAAAAAUUUAUGGCCUGCCUUUCAUCAUUGCCAUGUUAUUUACUCCCGUCAUGGAACUAAGAUGCGAUAAACACAGGAUGAGGUUGACAGGUGCUAUUUGUGGAUUGGGAGCUAUGAAAUCCAGGAUCGGAACAAUAUCAAUCUUACCAGAACAUGACAUGGAACUCACAUUCGAUGUUCAUAUUUCAAUCAAAGAUAUUAUUGCAAUCAACAGUCUUCGCAUGAAGAUUAAUAUGACAGUCGGAUCGAGUGAAGAUAUUGCAAGUAACAGUCAAGGUACUGUUCAUAUCCUGCAAAAACAAUCGAGGGCAGAAAUAUUGAAACUUCUUCAUAAGAAACGACCAUCUGUUACGCCAGACAAUUUCCGUCGACCACAUAGGUGGGACCAAGUUGAUCCUCAUUUCAUUGUUCCUCAUGAAAUAGAGCAUCACAGUGCAGACAGAAAAGAUUUGUACAGAUUGCAUGAUGCCAUGAUUCUCAAUGAUACAUCUGCCUUUGACGAUUUGUAAAAAAAAAAAGUCUAUAUACUGUCAAGCAUACUAUCGCCAUGAGUCUCUCUCAUGACUUAUGACUUGGCCACUGAUUAAAAGUGAAUUUCUUCAUUCAUGAUAUAAAUUAUUAUUGGCGAUAAAGACUUCUUACCAAUAGUCAUGUAUUGUAUUUUCUGGCUUGCAAUUGUGUUUGCUACAUGCGGGAUAAAUAAAAGAAGAAUUUGAAGAAUGUUUUCGUUAUUUUUUUGAACAAUUUCUUUCAAUCAUGAUUUUGAAAACCAAUACUUUUUUACAUCGGUGCAAUCCAUAUUGUGCCAUUGUCAAUUUCUUUCUACAUAUUAUUACUUUCAAUUGUUAUUAUUAUCUGCCUUAUCACAGCCUGUUAUUUGCCUAUGUCACUGUUAUUGGUUCGUCUUUUAAUUUAGUUUCAAUGUAUCCAAAUCACAGUCAUGUAUAAAAAUACUUCUUUGAAGUAUGCUGUGUUUUGCUACAGUUUACACAAGCCUUCUUGAAAUAUGGGGCGGUUUUUUAUUUUCUUUAACUAUAAUAUCUAUUGGUGGAUUUCGUUGGACUUUUAUAAAGUUGUUUCAAAUACAUUCACAAACAUUCUUUCA